AAAAAAAAAAAAAAGAAGCAAGUCUUCCCCACUUUUUUCUUUUCACUUCCUCAACCCGCAAAAACAUUACAAAUGCAAAGCCUCUCUCUGUCCAUUUAUUUUUUCUUUGUACAUACAUAGGCACAAAUACAUACAGAGAUUUGUGAUGUUUUUCUAUCAUUGUUGUUUCUGUAUUUUUUGAAAUGAAUCAAAUGUGAUGGGCAGUGGAUUCUCGCACCUCUUUCCGUGUUUCAACCCGGCCGGAGCGGCGAACCGGGGAGAAACAGAGGUGAUCUUUACGGCCACAGAACCGCUUGAUGAAACCCUAGGUCACUCCUUCUGUUACGUCCGCUCCUCGAAUCGCUUUCUCUCUCCUACUCACUCCGAUCGGUUUCUUUCUCCUUCUCAGUCUCUUCGGUUCGACGAACCGCUCACGAAAUCGAGGACGCCCGGUCCUCCAGAGACUGGAUUUAAAGCCAUUUCAGGGGCUUCCGUCAGUGCGAAUACUUCUACUCCCAGAACUGUCCUCCAACUUGAGCAUAUUUACGACGAUAUCAAUGAUAGUAUUGGGGGUGGUGUCAAGAGUAGUAUAGUGAAUGGGUUUGAGAGUACGUCGUCGUUUAGCUCUUUGCCACUUCAACCGGUGCCCCGGGCCAGUGGUGGUGGCGAGCCGUCGGGUCCGAUGGAGAGAGGCUUCUUCAUGUCCGGUCCGAUCGAGCGUGGGGCCGUAUCGGGACCCCUCGAUGGAAUCAAUGCGUCCGACGGUAGUAAUAAUGUCCCAUUCUCAGCUCCGCUUGGUGGCAUGUACGUCAAAAGGAGGAGGAAGAAGGGAAUUUCGGGUAUUCGAAAGGCGUUUAACCGGAAUUUCUCGGAGAAAAAACGGCCGUGGGUGGUGCCGGUUCUGAAUUUUGUCGGUGGGCGUAAAGAUGUGCCUGCCGCCGGAGACGCCGGUGCAGCGGCGGGGGAGAUGAAGAGUAUUGACUGUAAUGUGCAGUGGGCUUUGGGGAAGGCGGGCGAGGAUCGAGUACAUGUGGUCGUAUCGGAAGAGCAUGGGUGGCUUUUUGUUGGAAUUUAUGACGGGUUUAAUGGUCCCGAUGCCCCUGAAUUCUUAAUGGGUAAUCUCUACAAAGCUGUGUACAACGCACUAGAGGGUCUCUUCUGGGACAAUGAAAAUAAAAUUCCUCAGGAUUUACAAAAUGCAACUCCUGAGUUCACAUCAAUUGCAGAGAAUUCGCAACCAUUAGCAGAAAGUAUUUCUCAAGAGAUUGGUAGUGUAAGGGAAAUAGAAGAAGGUGGAAGUGGUGGAAAUGAUUCAGGAUCGACAAAGAAGGUGACAUUUCAAAAUGAGGGGAUUGAGAUCAGGAGGAGGAGGAGAUUGUGGGAAUUUUUAGCAGAGGAUGACGCAGAAGAUGGGCUCGAUCUUUCGGGUUCGGAGAGAUUUGCUUUUUCCGUAGAUGACGCACUUAGCGUUAGCAAUGGGGGAUCAGCAGUAAGUAGACGUUCAUUAUUGCUAUCAAAAUUGAAACAUGGGUUGUUAACUAAGAAUAAGGAGAAUAAGUUGUUGUUUCCUUGGAGAUUUGGAUUGGAGGGCAAAGAGAAACAGGAGGUGGAGGAAAAUAAGGCGGAUGAGGAGAGUAGUAGUAGAAGUCGGAAGACGCGGAAGAUGGGACCAGUUGAUCAUGAGUUGGUUUUGAGGGCAAUGUCUAGGGCUCUGGAAUUGACUGAGAUUGCAUAUUUGGAUAUGACAGAUAAGGUUCUUGAUCGGUACCCUGAACUUGCGCUCAUGGGUUCUUGUUUGUUGGUUGUGCUGAUGAGAGAUGAUGAUGUGUAUGUGAUGAAUUUGGGGGAUAGUAGGGCUAUUGUUGCACAAGACGAAUUAGAUGAAGUAAAUUCUAGUACUGACUUGAAAGGGCCAGAGCAAAUUGGGUCAAAUGUGGAGGGAAUAGUUGAGGAAUCCAUGGACACUGUUGAGAGGGCCAAUAAGGUGGUGAAUGAGGCUUCUGCCCAGGUUAUGAGGUUGACUGCAUUGCAAUUGUCCACCGAUCACAGCACAAGCAUUGAAGAAAUGUAUCUCUUACUUACUGAGCAAAUGCAAGAGUAUGAGAUGAUUUUAGGAAGCUUCCUUUGUCUUGGCAGGACCUUCAGUGUGCUGGCCUUAGAUUUUGGCUUUGAAACAGUGCUUCUGUAUACCGAUUUUUUGGCCCCCAGCAUCUCUUGGUGGGAGCGUCAUGAGGUGUACAAUGGACUAGUAGGCGGAGUGGACAGAUGCCCGAUAUCUAUUGUCAGUUACCACCCGACGGAAGUAAUAAGAAUCAGGAACGAACACCCGGAUGACAGCCAUUGUAUAGUCAAUGAUAGAGUAAAAGGUCGUCUUAAGGUUACCCGUGCAUUUGGAGCUGGAUCCCUCAAACAGCCAAAGUUGAAUGAUGCAUUAUUAGAGAUGUUUAGGAACGAGUAUAUUGGUACAGCGCCUUACAUAUCCUGUUUGCCUUCUCUUCGUCACCAUAAAUUGGGUCCAAGAGAUCAAUUUUUAGUGCUCUCAUCUGAUGGCCUAUAUCAGUACUUGAGCAAUCAGGAAGUAGUUUCACAUGUUGAGAGUUUCAUGGAGAAGUUCCCUGAUGGAGAUCCUGCUCAACACCUGAUAGAGGAGCUUCUUUUCCGUGCAGCCAAAAAAGCUGGAAUGGAUUUUCAUGAACUGUUGGACAUCCCACAGGGAGACCGGAGAAAGUACCAUGAUGAUGUUACUGUUAUGGUGAUAUCACUUGAAGGAAGAAUUUGGAAGUCCUCGGGGAAAUACCUUUAGAAUACUAUACACCAUGAAAGACCUCUACCAAAGCUGUAUCCUGUAUAACAUGAGGCGCUGCUGUUUCAAUCCUGCAGCCGAGAUAAUCUGCAAGCAGUUUGGAAAGUUCUGAUACGGACAAACUCUUCAUGGUCCGUGAGGAUUCUUUCUUUCAUCUCACCUCAGUCGCAUACAGUUACCAGGGAACCCGACAUGAUAAGUGCUGGGACUAAUGUUAGAUAUUCAUUAAGGCUGAAGCGGAUAGCGAAAAAUUGGUUUUCAGGAUGGAAAAAUAGGAAUUUUGUAGUUGGGCAUGUUUGGAACUGCCAUUAGGAAAAAGACCCAUCCUUUAUUUUUUUGGAUAUAUUUUCUUUUAGAUUUUUGCGUAGAUGGAGCACAUUUUCUUCAAUCUGUCUCUCUUCCCUUCUUUUUUAGCCAAAAAUUCUGUCUGUAAUCUGGUGGAGUUUUCAAUUUCCUUACAGGACUUGGGAAUUUUCCCUUGUCAAAGGUGAGAAUCUGUAAAUUUUGAGGUGGAUUUCCACCAACGCGGUGUAAAUGUGUCUGGAAUUCAAGUUAAAUAUCAAGAGCUCGAACUGCUGGUGGUGACAUUC